GGGCCUGACCCGUAACAUAAGGGCUUGGAGAGUGGGAAGCAGAACGAGUUUAGGUAUGCGAAUGUGAAAGGGUGUGAAGGGAAUUCCAGUGCAAUUAGGGUUUUCAGGGAUCGUAAAGAAAAUAUUGGGGUCAAUUUGGAGAAAAAGAGUGGGGUUUGCGAGGAAUCGAAAGUGGAAGUGGGAAAAAGGGGUAUGAGUUUGAAUAAAGUUGGUGUUUUGGAGAAUUGUAAUGGUGAAGUUAAUCUAAGCUUGAACUUAAUAAAAUCGAGUGAGGCGGGUUUAACUUUCGAUGAAAAAUUUCAAGAUGGUAUGCGGGUUGAUAAGGUUUUGAAGUCGAAUGAGGAAGUUUUCAAGGUUGGAAAUGGUGUUGAUCUGUAUGCGAAAGAGAGUGGUGGGAAGUCUUUGGAUAAGGGGACGGUCUCAAAGAGUGUAAAACAGAAGAAGUUAACAGAAGGUAUAGGCGGACGGUUUGAUAUAGAAUAUCCGAGCAAGCUUCAUGAGAAGCUUGCUCUUUUGGAAGGGAAGGUGAAGAGGAUUGCGUUGGAUAUUGAGAGGACAAAGGAGAUGUUGGAUAGGAAUAAUCUAGAUGCAUCGAAGCUCAUACUUUCGGAUAUUCAGGCCCAGAUUUCGGGAGUUCAGAAGGUGAUGGGUAACGUCAGAGGUGAAUCAGGUGGUAAAAUGGCAAUGCCCAAAAAAAAAAAUGAUGGGGAGAGUGGGAUAGUUGAGAAGGGAAAGAGCAAGAUGGUGGAUAAUGCUAAAAAUUUUGUCAAAGGAUUAACAAGCGAGGAACUGAAACCUAGGUUACUUCCUUAUCAUAAGUUGCCAAAAAAUGGGACGUAUCUGAAAGCAGCAUCGAAAAUCUCUCAAAGUCAUGAACCGCAUGUAGUAGUACAAAAUUGUGUGUCAAAAGAGGAUAGGAAGUCGUUUAGCCCUAUUCACGAGAACCAUAUAUCAGUUGGGUUGUUAGCUUCUCUGAAUAAGGGGCAAAAAUAAAGUCGCCGAAAGGGAUGGGCUGGCUGAUAUGGAAUGCUGUGAAGUUCAAGAAAUGGAUGGUGCUACGUCUGCAGGAGUAGAAGAUUCUUCAAACACAUUCAAUGGAAAGUGCAAUAUAGACUCAAUUCUCACAUCUGAUGAGACACUUGAUGAGUUUGAUGAUCAGGAAAAUAUGCAGGGUGUGAAACUUGGUGACAGGACAAACGAUACUUGCAUUUAUGAGCUGAAUGAACUUGGCCGUAAGACCUCAACUGGAGGAUGGUUUGUCUCUGAGGGGGAGGCAGUCCUUGCCCACGAUGAUGGUUCUUGCUCAUUUUAUGAUAUUACUAAUUCUGAGCAGUGGAGCAUGUUUAUGUGAACGGACCAUGUUACAUGUUUUAAAAGUGGUGCAGAAAGAUUAGUGCAUGCAUGAAUAUAAACAAAGAACUGGCACUUAAGAAGCUUGUUGUCUCUGAUUGCCAGUCUUUGUUUCAGGUAAAGGCCGAGUA